CCGAUUCAAACAUAAUUGUCAUGCAUUACGACGAUAUCGCUAACGCUAAACAAAAUCCAAUGCCAGGUGUUGUCAUCAAUCGGCCCAACGGUCCCGAUGUCUAUAAAGGAGUUCCUAAGGAUUAUGUCGGCGAAGAUGUCAAUCCUUCCAACUUUUUAUCUGUGCUUAGAGGAGACUCCGUAUUUGCUCAUUUGGUUGCGUUUCCACACAAAUACCUUUACGCAAAAGAAUUGGCCGAGACAUUGAUUACAAUGCAUAAAAAUAAUAGAUUUGCAAAAUUGGUCUUUUAUAUGGAGGCCUGUCAUUCAGCGGACCCCUACACCGCCGCCUGGCUUUAUGAUAGCGAACACAAGGAUCUGACCAAAGAGACCCUUCAGGAACAGUACAACUUCAUUGAAAUGGUAAUCAACAAAUCAGUUGAUCACAAAAUACAACACUCCCAUCAAUACGGAGACCUAUCCAUUGCCAAACUACCGGUGUCUCAGUUCUUGGGCAGCAAAAAACCACCUCAAGCUCUCAAUAUAGCUCUCGAGCCUAAAGACAACUGCGAUGCCAUCCCAUCACAAGAUGUCUUCAUUCAUAUCAAACAAAAACAGAUUUCGUCCACAAAUGAUAUCAAUGAGAAACAGAGAUAUUUGUCUGAAUUGAGUGAUGUAUUGAAAGGCAGACAAUAUGUGGAUAAAGUGCUGUACGAAUACAUAGAAAAUAGUGAAACGAUUCAUUGCCAAUAUUAUCGGCACAAACUGGUCGGUCGCGUUCAGCCCCUCAUAACUGAAUACGAAGGCCAUUACGACAGACAUCGG